AUGGCCGCCAACGCCAUUGCUAGGGCUUUUGAGUCGACUCACGAGUCACCUCGAUUUGAGUCGAUUGGUAAGUUACCUUGUCUUGUUCUUCCCCCCCUCAUCCCCCCCCCCCUUUCCUCUAUCCCCCUCUUCUUCUCCCCCUCGUCGCAUGUGCGGUGCUGUAUGGUGCUGCACGGUGCGCGGGGCAGGACGGAGGCUCUACUGCAGGAGGUAGCAGCAGCACCCCCAUCUCUGCGCACCGUAUGCCUGCUGGACGAGAUGAGCGACACUCUGUGUCGAGUCCUGGAUGCAGCAGAGCUCUGCCGGAACGUGCAUCCCAACAGUGGUGGUGGUUGUGCGACUGUGCGCAGGGAGUUUGUAGACGCAGCCAAUGAGGCGUUUGUGAAGCUGUCAACAUAUGUUCAGGCCCUCAACUCCAACCAGCAGCUCUACCGUCUGCUAGUCGCUGCCAUCCAAGCCAUGCCGCCCGCACCCGCCGCCUCUGCCUCCUCCCCGCCGCCCGGUCGCAACUCUCGCCCGCAGGGGGCUGGGAGGGCAGCAGCAGGAGCGGGAGGGGAGAGGGAGGAGGUGCUAAGGGAGGCUCAUAGAGUCGCUCAGCUGCUGCGGCUGGACUUUGAACGAGGAGGCGUGCAUCUCCCUGAUGGUGAGGACUCUUGUCAAAAGGACUCUAGGGGCGUCCCAAAACGGGCGCUGUCUGUGACGGCAGUAGGGCAGGCAGGGGUUGGGGGGUACUAG